AUGUUUUGUCAAAAAUGCCGCCAGCCUCUCAAGCUGGAUGGCUCUCUCCAGGACCUAAAUCCAGCAGCGUACGAUCUUUUGGUUUCUUCGGCAUCACCACAACCACCCAAACAAGCAGUCGUCCAGUUUCCAGCCAAGUCGCAAAUAGAGGAGCGAGACGCAGCCCGAAAAUCACUCUACGAGACGGCGUCGCAAAGCGCAAGCAACCAGCCGACGUUCAAACGCCACCAUGGCAGUAACCCGAGAGACCCGGCCAUGUCCUUUAUAUACCUAUCCGAAUCACAGCUCGGCCAUCACCAUGACCGUACACAGUCGCCAAAGCAGCAACUCUCGCCUCGCGCGUCGGCGCAGUCCCCGACCAAGCCGCCGCUAUCAUCCGCGAGCCCGAUCGACGCCGCACACCCCCCGCGCGAGGAUGAAAUGGGCCGCGUGAAUCGCCUCUUUGAGCUUCUCACCGCGCGCUCCGACAUUGACUACCCCAUCUGCAUCGAGUGCACAGACAUGCUCGUCGAGGGCCUGCAGCGCAAGCUCGACGCGGCCGCACGCACGCGCGACGCCUACGUGGCGCACCUCAAGGAGAUGCGCGCCGCGCAGCCCAGCGAGGCUGACAACAAGGCCGCGCGGGAGCGGCAGCGCAAGGCCGAUGUUGAGCGGGCGGUCGCCAUGCGGGAGCUCCAGCGUCUCGAGGCCGAAAAAGACGCCCUCGACGAGGAGAUUCUCGCGCUUGAGGACGAGGCGCGGCAGCUCGACAAAGAUGAGGCCGCGUUCUGGGGCGAGCGCAACGCCUUUGCGGCCAGGAUGGCCGACUUUCAGGCCGAGAGGGAUAGCGUCAACACGAAAUACAGCAACGACUCGCAGCUUUUGCAGAAGCUGCAGCGCACCAACGUCUACAACGACACAUUUUGCAUCAGCCACGACGGCAGCUUCGCCACCAUCAACGGCCUGCGCCUCGGCCGCCUGUCGAGCAAGCCCGUCGACUGGCCUGAGAUCAACGCCGCCUGGGGCCACGCGCUGCUGCUCCUCGUCACCGUCGCCGACAAGCUCGAGUUCCGAUUCCAAGGCUAUGAGCCACAGCCCAUGGGCAGCACGUCCAAGAUUAUACGCUUCGACGCCUCCAGCCCCGCCGCCAGCCGCGUCGACACCCGCGCUGCAUCAUCAUCAUUGUCCCGCCCGCCCGCCGCGCCGAAACGAAACGUCCUCGAGCUCUACAGCUCUGGCGGCGACCUGCCCCUCGGCCUACGCCUGCUCCACCGCGGCUUCGACAACGCCAUGGUGGCCUUUCUCGAGCUCGUCCGCCAGCUCGGCGACCACAUCCACCGCAAGACCGCUCACACUAGCCGCCAGCUAAGCCUCCCGUAUCGCAUCGACGGCGACAAAAUUGACGACGUCUGCAUCCGCCUCGGCAUCGCCCAGGACGACGGCUGGACAAAGGCCUGCAAGCUCACCCUCACCUGCUGCAAGUUUCUCCUCGCCCAUGCUAGUAAUGUUAGCACGGCAACGCGUGACUUGGACUCGUGA